AGUAUCAGCGUUAUAGUCAGUUAGUCACAGUAGGGCCAGUAAGCCAAAAUUGAAAUGAAAUGAAAAAGAAAUGAAAGAACUAAUAAGCUCGAUAGUGAAAAAAGAAGAAGAAAAGGUUAGGAAUGGUGGAAGGAACAGAUAGGUUUGAUUGUUGUCGGGACGUGGAGAGAUCUCACGUGGCAGUUUCACUCUGAUUGGUUCCUAAUGUCGGCACACGUGGCACCACUUGUCACGCUAACCUCUCCUCUCUUACAACAUCAACUUGUACGAUUACCUUUCUGACCAAGAUGCGUCACAUCCGUUCUCAUCCCCACCUUCUAUUAAGGGAAACCCCGCUCUUUCGUGUUAAGAUUCUGUGUAUGUCUUUCAGAGCUGGAAGAGAUAAGAAGUUAUUAGUGGUCAUGCUAUAGGUGAAGAGGAUUAGAGUGAGGAUAAGAAGACGUAUUUAUACUGAAAUAUACAAAUGAAUUAAUUCAUUACACUUACACGAUAGAUACUAUAUUACUCAUGAUACACAUUAACUUAUGAAAGAGUAAACCUAAUCUAGAAUGAGAAGGACUCUCAUGACUCACAACGAGAAACAUAAACCCAAUUUCAAUCUUCAUCAACGAAAAAUUGACAUUUUUCACCGAUUACAUGAUAGUCUGGAUUUGGACUAUCUAUAUGCGUAUACAUCCCCACUAUUGCUUGGACACAUUUUCACCAUACCUCUCUUUUCUCAUUAGUCUGGUGAUGCCAUAAUCUCAAUCUCUCUAAAGUACAUCAGCUUUUUGUGAAAUAAAUAAUUGUUACUACAUUUCGCAUUCUGCAUCUGCGUGCAUUAAUAAAUAAAGGAACAAUUGGCUUUCUUUAGUCAAAUAAAGCUCAAACUAUAGUUUGCGUGCAUGUGCAAGUGCAUGUAGCCAGCUCUAGAUUUUCUCUAAGGGCAUCAAAUUGAAACCGAUCAGAUAUCUUUUCUUCUUAGUGUGGUUAUUCCGGUCCAUUUUAUAGUAUUAAGUAUUAAAUUUUCCAAAUAUAUAUCAAAAGAGAGCGGUAGAACAUUUGCAUCAUAUGAGUAGAUAAAAAGAAAAACAAUAUCUUUUUUUUUUUUGAAACAAUAUCUGAAUGAGCAUUUGUUGAUCUUCAUGUAGAUGCGGCCCCACUGUACUUGCAGACGAAGGGCCUUUAACAGAAGACUAGUGUCAUAUGGAUUAAUCUCUUCCGUCAUUUUAGACAAUAACCAUUCACCAACACACAAGUUGACUCUUCCGUCAUACUACUUUUUAAAGAAAACAAGCAUUUACUUUGCCCCUCGCUCGUUGAGUUGGAGGACACUUUGGUCAAUUACUGCCAAGUGCCAACCAUCCAAACUAGAGCCAUUUACGGCAAAGUUGAAUGAGAAGAAAAUUAUAUAUGCAUUUUGCCUAAAUGGGAAAGAAAAAUAACACACAAAAGAGAAAGAGAUGUCUACCAUUUUGUGAUAGAGCAGAUUAUUUAUAUCAGCCACUAGCCUUUGCUUCUUUCUCCUCCUCAUCACCUCUCUCUCUCUCUUUUUUUUUUCGUUUUCUUUCCAGAGACAUUUGUCUGAUCUCAUCAUCAAUCACAAUCACUCAAACAAGGCCUUGAGAACAAAGAAAAAAUUAAAUGACCCAAGAGAAGAAAAAUGGCCUAAUAAUAAUAGUAUCUUCUCAGUGAAAUCAUAACUAUUUUGUAAUGGUCAGUUCACAUAAGCCAUAACCACCCGUCUCUGCUACUUUACAUUACAUCCAAUCUCUCGUGAAACAACAACUUGCUUCUUCCACCACUAUGACUACGACCACCACAACCGCGGAUAACAACGGCGGCAAAACGCAAACGCAGACGCACAAGAAACAAGUGAGAAGACGACUCCACACGAGCCGUCCUUACCAAGAGCGUCUCCUUAACAUGGCCGAAGCUCGUCGAGAAAUCGUCACCGCCUUAAAACAACACCGCGCUUCCAUGAGACAAGCCGCCAAGAUUCCACCGCCUCCACCGCCGCAUAUUCCUUUUUCUUCACCGCCGCCUCCGGAUCCAUUUUCUUGGUCGAGUUCUCAUCUCAACUUCCUCCUCCCUAAUAAACCAUUAGGGCUGAACCUCAACUUACACGACUUCAACGACUUCAUCCAAACCUCUACGACAUCAUCAUCUUCAUCGUCAAAUUCUCCUUCAUCAUCCUCAGUAAUGUUUCCGACCACGUAUCCUCAAUUCUACUCCUCCCCUUCCCCUCCCCUUCCCACCUUCGCCGCUACAACAGAAUCGGUUCCUCACCAGCCGCCAAAGCAGCUGAUGGAAUCGGAUAACAACGUGGUGACGUCAGCUUGGUGGUCAGAGCUCAUGAUGAAGUCGGUGGAAGAAGACGUGUUCCCGAAGUUAAGUGACGUGAUGGAGUUUCCUUCGUGGUUAAAUACAACGGAUGAAGAAGAAUUGUUUCAUCCUUACAAUCUCACCCAUUACUCAUCCCCUCAUAAUCCUCCAUUGUCCUGUGUGGAGUUUGGAGAGAUUGAGAGCAUGGAUGGAGACGACUGGCUUGCUUGAAUCACAAAGAGUGAUUAAUGUCUCUUUUUUUUCAGACAUGGUGAAUCAACUCUUUGGUUCUUUACUUCCCUACUUCUUUUCUUAUUUAUUUGUGUUCCUUUCUGAUUUUUCUUUUCGUUGGGAGACAUAAGAAAGACAUUUUGAAUAUUUAAGAAUAACAACAAGCUUGGGGAUAAAAAUGUUCUGUUUGGCAAAAGUCACAUGAAUGAAGCUUGUGAAUCUAUAAAUGUCACGUUUAUGCAAAUAGUUCCGUAUAUGAUA